AGUCGGUUUAUUUGUGAUCGAGGAAUACAGUGAUACGGUCGUAAACAUCUAUUGACUAUUUAAAAUAAAUUAUUAAGAGCUCUUAACAUGUACGCUAUUAUUCUAAUAGGCAUAUUGUUACCAUCUGCUCUUGCUAAAGGUAGUAUUGAGGAUAACAAAGCAGGGUCAGAUUUCUUUGGCACCUACAAACUCGUUUAUGUUUGGCCCAAAAUAGAUAAAACAGUGAAGAAUUGUAUGGAGGCUGUAUUCUCUGAGGCUGUGGAUUUAUUGGACGAUCCGUUUACGUGUGAAUGUGAAAGAAAAUCCCCGAAUCUUGCAUUUUUGCAUCAGAAAGUUCAUAAUUACAACACAGUCGUGCUCGCUGAUAUUGUAAAAAAUCCAGAAGAACUUUCUAGAGCUCUUAAAGACACGUGCCAUUGUAAGCCUUUGGAUAAGAUGCGCAGUAUAUUUAUGAAGGUGAAUGCUAAUUACUUCUUGUAUUAUGACCUGGAAUCCAAAGUAAUGAGGACUUACUUGUUCAGUAAAGCAAUGCCAGUAGAAGCAGAACUUAAAAAAAUCAUAGAAAAUUUCGGGGAUUUAAAAGACAGUGAUGGUAUGCCAGUAUGUAAGGCUGACAUUAAAUUGAUGACGUGAGUCAAUUUAUUUUUACUGUUUUGAGUUUUACAACUUUAAGCUGGUAAUUUUUUUUAAAUCUCAUUGAUUUAAAUAUGCUUUAGGUUUAUGUAUUGUUUCAACUUUGUAUUUCUACCUGAUAUUUAUAAAAAAUAAACUAUGAUUUGGGAAAAAUA